UCCAGGGCAGGGGAGCUAGACGCAAAUUCUGGCUUGUGAAUGCCCGUGAAACGAGCCUUUUUUCUUUGCAAGGAAAUAUGGUAUGGAUGGCCAGAUUGAAAUCUAGUCGGAAAUCUCACAAUUAUACAAACCAUCUUGGUUUGCUUGCACCCAAAGAAAUUGGAGUAUUUUCAUCCAGUGCAAAAGUCUCAUAUCAACAAUGGAAAUAUUCGCGUUACCAAUAUUCUUCAUCACCUUCCGCGAGUCCCUCGAGACCGCAAUCAUCGUCUCUGUUCUCCUCGCCCUGGUCAAGCGAACCCUCGGCGACGGCAACAGCAGCAGCAACCAAGAUGAAGACGCCGAGCUCCAGCGCCGCAUGAUCAGCCAGGUCUGGCUGGGCACAUUUGCCGGCCUGGCCGUCUGCAUCCUGAUGGGCGUGCUCGUCAUCGCCGGCGCCAACGGCCUGGGCGUGGACGAGUGGGCCGUGGCCGAGGACGUCUGGGAGGGCGCCUUUGCGCUUCUGGCAUCGGUUGUCAUCACCACCAUGGGCGUCGUGCUGCUGCGCGUGUCGCGCCUGCAGGACAAGUGGAGGGACAAGCUUCUCAAGGCCUUCCGCGCCUCGUCUUCGGGCCGUGAUGAUGAGUCUUCUGGCAGCGAUGGCGCCGAGUCGCCGGGGACGGUCAAGAGGAAUCGCUUCUUUGAUCGUCUUGCCCUUUUGGGCGAGGAGUAUUCGCUGUUUCUCUUGCCGUUCAUCACUGUCCUGCGCGAGGGGUUUGAGGGUGUCAUCUUCAUCGCUGGAGUCGGGCUUGGAUAUCCCGUCUCGGCUCUCAUCUUUACGGCAACCAUAGGGCUGCUUGCCGGAGCAGUCUUUGGUUAUGCCAUUUACAAGCUGACAGACACGCGCACCAGGGGCUCCAACUUUGCAUCAAUGCAAAAGUUCCUCGCCGCGUCUACAUGCUUCCUGUACCUGGUCGCCGCCGGUCUUUUCUCCAAGGGAGUAUGGCAUCUCGAGGCCAAUGAGUGGAACAAGAUAGUUGGUGGCGAUGCUGCCGAACUCGGCUCUGGGCCUGGCUCAUACGACAUAACCAAGAGCGUGUGGCAUGUGAACUGCUGUAACCCGGACUUUGAAGGGGGCGGACUCUGGGGAGUCUUCAACUCCAUCCUGGGCUGGACCAAUUCGGCAACCGUCGGCUCCGUUGUCUCGUACAACCUCUAUUGGGUCGUCGUAUCCAUUGGCUUCCUUUCCAUGGCGCACAAGGAAAAGACAGGUCAUUAUCCUUUCCUGAAGAGGGCUAGCAAGAUCACGAGAAGUGUCUUGGACGGCGACCGCCAACCCCUUCUCUCGAAUUCUCAGACGGCCUAGAUUCCAACCCAUUCCAAUCAUACUCAACCAAUAACACUUUCCAAGCUUUGGUGUCUACGACUAUAUAUAAACUUUCCAGUCUGAUCCUUAACUUGACUGGGAUGAGGUAAUCAUCUACGGCCCCAUCAGCAUUAGCCUACUUGGGUUGCUCAUCAGUGUAUCCCAAACCGGCAUACCGCUCCUCGCACCUGACCCAAGCAUUGAUCCUUUCACCGGUCGACCCCAACUUUCUUUCCAACAUCGCUCUCACUCAUUUUUGUGGAGAAUCAUUCAUCCCAAAGCAUAUACACGCCUGUUUGAUGCUCAAAACAUCAAUCCAGGUUUUGUUGCGCCGUAUCCACCUACCGCCAACCUUUCUCCUACUCCUGCACCGACCAGGCCUCUUCCGUCAGCAACCCUUCCGGCGCCACAAAUCGCAACGAUGAGGUAUGCUAGACGUUAGACUCUCCACCGCGCACGGUCAUGGCGGUAACCCCUCUGCUCCCAAGGACAAGGGGAUCACUCGACUACACCGGCCGACAAAGUGUCACACCUUGCGCGUCUCGUCGGCCAGCGACCAGCUUGAUAUAAUGUUGGAGCGCCACCCCGCUGUCGAGGUCUCGCGGAUAUCAUCAUACGUGGCCUUUCUUUGCCAUGGGGGCUGACGGUUCGGUGGCUGUGGACAGGCCUUGAGGUACACCGAGACUCCACCGUCACGGCCAGAGGCACAUUUGAAGUCGGGCGAUCCCGGGAGCGGCUCCAGGAAUUGAUAUUAUACCGGUCGAAAUGUUUUUUGUCAAUUCCAUGCCCCAAACCUGGCAUGCAUGGCAGCCGGUCGACAAAGAAAUGAGGAUCCUGCGUUUCACCAUCCGCUCUUCGGUAUUUCCACGUCAGGUUGAAGAAGAGCUCCUUACUCCGCGUGUCGGAACCGCACACACGACAAUGCGAUCCACCGUCCAGUUCGAUCUGGAGCCCCGACGACUCGUAUGGGUAUUCUCGCGGCGGAGGGUAGUUCACCAUAUCGGACACCUCCAACCCCGUAUGGUGGCUGCAUACCGACGACGUUAACAUAUAGCGUGGAGUAAUCUGGUCCGUGGUUCUGGCAGGAUGGCGCCAAGGCCGAUCACAAGGGCAAGGGCGGUCUUAUGGUUCGUCAAUGUAACCGUUUUUUUUUCUUUCACUCUUCUGCAGUUUCUUCUGGACCUUCGCGCCAGUCGAUUUUGGAAUGCCUAUUGAGAAACGCGUUGGGACGUUGGGCGAAUGGGUUUCAGGUUCUAUGCGUCAACUGCCCUGUCGAGGCAUUGACCAUAUCUCCUCCGCUACCACCUUGUCUGCAUUUCCCCCCGUUACCUUGGACAAUGUUCUUAGCUUAAUGUUCCAGGUCGGUAGAAAACUAUCGAGUUCUCCAGGUGAAUGUGAUUUUCUUGGGUGUGUCGGUUUUUCCCGGCAUCACGACUGCUAC